UGACCCAUAUAACCUUUUAAAAUUCACAUCUUGACACAUUGACAAACGGGUAUAAAUCGAUAAAGGAAGUGAGGUGCAAAAGAGUUGCAGUAAAUCAAGAAACAAUGGCGAGAGCAUUUGGGAUCUUGCUUUUUCUUGCGCUGAUCGCAUUAGGUACAGCUUAUGCUAAAAAGUCAGAUGAUGUCAAAGAAUUACAGAUCGGUGUCAAGUAUAAGCCAGCAUCUUGUGAGACCAAGGCUCACAAAGGUGAUAAAGUCAAGGUCCACUAUCGGGGACAACUAACAGAUGGGACAGUUUUCGAUUCCAGCUUUGAAAGGGGUGACCCUAUUGAGUUUCAACUUGGUAGUGGCCAAGUGAUCAAAGGUUGGGACCAGGGACUAUUGGGGAUGUGUGUGGGCGAGAAAAGGAAAUUGAAAAUACCUGCAAAGCUCGGUUAUGGGGAGCAAGGAUCUCCCCCAACUAUUCCAGGUGGAGCAACUCUUAUCUUCGACACUGAGCUUGUUUCCGUGAAUGGGGCACCAUCUAAUGGAGCUGAAGACAUUGAUGAUAUUGAAGACUUCGAUGAUGAGGAACUAUAGACUGGGAAGAGCAGUAGCUUAGAUUUUGUGCGCAAAGUAGACAUAACGGUAUUGAGUUGCGCAGAAUAGUUUGUAGCUUUUUGUUGACGUCCUUUUCUUAUCAUUUGAGCAGGAAGUUCAUCUUGUUAAACCUUGUUGAAUUGAGAGAUCAUACAAAUUUCAUUUUUACUGAGUACUUCGUAUUAGAAAUGGGAAAAUAAUUGUCUUCCAUCUAUUUUGCUUAGCUA